CUGUGUCUGUAUGUUUGAUUUAAACAGAACUGCAUGAUGAGAAAAAGCUAGAAGUUUUACUGGGUGCCAGAAGAAAAAUAUCAUGGAAGAAGGGAUGCUGAUUUUAGGGGAAAGGUUUGGAGACCCAGUUUUCAUUAAAAAUAAUUCCAAACCAGGAUGAUAUAAACUUUCUAUCAAUAUUAUUUGACAGAGAAUUAUUUUAAAUUAUCCUAUUUACGCUCCGAAGCUGUCAAUUACAUUGGCACUGGAAUGAAUGAUAUGCAGUGAUACACAGGAAGGUGGUUAUGGUGAAGUUUUAAGGUACUAAUAUAAUAACAUAGAUCAGCAUGAAGAAUGCAGAUGAAACUUUCUCCUCCUUCUUCUUCCUUUCCUUGGUAGUGGGAAAUCUAGAGCCAAGAAUCGAAGAUCUAGUAAAAAGAAUUAAUAAAUUGCAGCAAGCUAAGAAGAUAUUAAAUGAAGAGAUCUCUGAGGCAAAUGAACAUAGUAAGACACUUCAGAGAGAACUGGAAAAGUUAAAUGCUGAGAAGUCAAGCCUUGAAGAAACAUGGAAUGAGAAAAAAGAGAUCAGAAAAGUCAUGCAGUUGCACUCAAAGGAGACAGAAGUGGAAAUGCAGAGGGAGCAGAAAUUGAACCUGGUCUGUAAGCAACAAAUUGAAGAACUCACAGCCAAGAUCCAGGUGGAAAAACUGAAGCAGAGGGAGCACAGAUUGGCAUUUGAGCAGUUACUUGAUGAGUUGAUGGAGAAGCACAAGAAUCUCUGGGAACUUUAUGCCAGGGAGAAACCAGUGGCUGACAUGAGAGAGAGUAAGGAGCGAUUGCUAAAUGAAGAAAAACUAAUCCAGGAGAAACUGGCUCAUGUUCAAGAUGAAAUGGAUUUGCUGAGCCAGGGUGCAUUCAGUGAAGAGAGGAAGUUCCUGAAAAGCCAGGCAGCUGCAUCUGCCCUGGAAUUAUUUCAAAAGGAAAACAAGAAAGCAAAAUAUUAUCUUGAAGCAGCCUCAAAGUGCAAUUCUGAUUUGCAACAGAAAUGUAGCAGACUAAAAAUAGAGCUGGAGGUCUUGGGGACGGAGGACGGCAGCAUUAUUGAGGAUUAGCUUGCAGUCCACCAUAGUGCAGCACAGGAUGAAAUGUUUAUGUGUACAGCAGGAACUUUGCUUUAGCACUGACAGAAAUCAUCUUCGUGGAAUAUUGGAUGUCUUGUUUUACCCUUAAAUUUGUGGCAAACGAUUUGCAGUUAAUAAAUUCCUGUUACCAGUGCUGUCAUGAAAAUGGUGUAAUGGAAUUUUUA